AUGAAAACCUUUUUCCCCACUCUCUACGUCGACUUCGAUGCUUCGCCGCACUACUCCUGCGUCGUGAUAGAAUACUGUAGCGGCGGAGACCUUCACACGCUCCGCCACCGCCAGCCCUGCCAACGCUUCUCCAUCGCCGCCAAAAGGUUCUAUGCGGCGGAGGUGCUGCUCGCCCUAGAGUAUCUUCACAUGCUCGGCAUCGUCUGCCGUGACCUGAAGCCGGAGAACAUCCUCAUCCGCUCCGACGGCCACAUCAUGUCCUCUGACUUCGACCUCUCCCUGGAGUCCGCCUCCUCGCCCACCCUCGAGCCCAUCACCACCUCCAUCGCCGCGGACAAGGGCCACUCUGCUGCUGAAAACGACGAGCGCUUCCUUAUCGAUCCCUCCUGCCUCCCCUUCCUCACUCGCCGACCGCUGCCCCACAUGGCCACGAAGGCCGACCCUUGGCGCUUCGUCGCGGAGCCUGUCGACACUCGAUCGUGCUCCUUUGUGGGUACCCACGAGUACGUCGCGCCAGAGGUCACCGCAGGUCAGCCCCACGGCUGCGUCGUCGACUGGUGGGCCUACGGCAUCCUCCUCUACGAGCUCCUCUAUGGGCGCACUCCCUUCGCCGGGCUCACCAACCUGCAGACCCUCCAUAACAUCGUCAGGCAGCCGCUAUCCUUCCCUACGGCCGACCCUUCCCCGCUGGUGCGCCAUCUCCAUGAAGAACGAACAGGUACAGAACUCGGAUGA